AUACCACGAGAUACCAUGAAAAAUAAUCGUCAUGACUUCUUGAACAUUGGUGUUUUUCGGAAUACCGAUAUCCUUACAAGAACACAUUUUGACUCAUUUUCCGCAUCAUUCCAGGAGGAGAACAACAACGAUCUGCACCUGGACGAGGAAACCAGCGGUCAGAUUUUCCUCCAGAGUUGCAGUCAGUUGCUCACGUCGGUGGCAGCCGCUGCCGCCAACAACUCGCACCUCAAUGUCCUCGCAGGCGACGGUACUAGUCUGAGCGAUGCUCAGGUCCUUCUUGCCAAUGGUGCCAAUCUGCUGGCUCAGCAACAUCAGAAUGGCUCCGACAGUCACCUACAGGAGCAACUGUUCCUGGUACAGGCCCAAGGGCUGCUGCAACAGCAGCACCAACAGCAACAACAACAACUCGCUCAAAGUCAACAGCAGCAGCAGCAGCAACAACAUCAGCAACAGCAGCAGCAGCAUCACCAACAUCGGUUACACCAGUUGGCCACCAACACGCUGCUGGCGGAGAAGUUGCUCCAGAACCAGACCACGCUGACGGCCCUGGACGGGGCGGGGAUACCGACGUCGAUAGCCGUGACGGCGGCGGUUGUACAGGGAAACGGACGAGCCGGAAAGCCGCCUGACAUCGUCAUUAAAGGUAACAUGGACGUUUCAAGCAUAAGGAUAAAGAAGAGGUUAGAUCUUGCAUGACCUUGGUACCAAGUGAUAAUGUUACGUAUUAUUUUUAGCCCACAUCCUAUCAUAGGCCUUUGAAAUAAUGCUAAUAUAAUGCAAAAUGUUUUCUUAUAGGUUCGAAAUUGAACCGAAAAAAAAUGACCAAGUUAUUAUUAAACAUCAGCUGGCCCAGUUGGCCUAAAGGUAAUUAUUUUUUUAUUGCUCUCAAUGAGCAUCCUGACGAAUAGGUCAAAAAAGGUGCUUCAUGGUUUGUGGCAAGCUAAUAACCAUAAAAAUACCUUAUGUUCUUUGCCAUUUGUACGAGUGCUGGUGGUCAAUCAUGGGAGUUACCAAUAUUUUUUUGCCAUGGAAAUUAGUUGUAAAUCCGAAAAAGCGUGAACUUGGAUCGGAUUAACUCACUUAAAGGUUAUUGGAAAGUCUUGUUUAUAAAUACUGUCACUUGGAAUUGGUUGCAUACCUUCAGGCUAUUCCACGUUCGGCCACGUCCGAACAAGAAUCAACCGAAGUUUUUUCUUCAAAACUCAAGGCGAGACUUUUUUCCGCUAAAGAACCGUAAUUCCUAUCGGAAAACCAGCUGGACCAACAAUUUCCCAGCGAAUUCAUGGUCGAAGAAGGCGGCGAAUUUGGUGUCCAAUUUGCUUAGGGAAGCACUGUGGGUGUGGGCGCUGGCGAGCGAGCGAGCUAUGGGACCGUAAAAUUGACGCAAGAACGCAAGUAACAAGUCCACCGGCGGCAGAGUCGAAAAUAAUGUGUACUGGAACCGCUGGUUGCUUGCUUGCUUGCCUGCCUGCUGUUGCUGCCGUAUCCGGUAAUUGAAUAUUAAAUAAGCUGCCAUAAACAAUUUGAGGAUACUUUUUUUCGUUGUUCGUGGUUGGGCCAAUGGUAGAUGAUGGACAUGAAUAACUUCUUUAUUAUGGAUCCAAGUGGGAGCAGGAAAAGUUUUUCUGGUAGAGGUUGUAUUGCGUGAAUUUAAUGGGCUUCAGAAGGCGGUUUUCCCUAGUACAAGUUUUGGUUUGCAGUUGAAAAUGUGUUUUAAGAAUUAAAAAUUUAUCAAAACAGUUGGAAAGUUGUUAAAAAUUGAGUUUUAACAUAAUAGUCUUGACGAAGACUACAAAUAUGUAAACCGAAACGUCGGAAAUUAUUAUUUGUGAAAAACUGAUUCGGUACUAGUAAAAUAGACUGAUUUAAUCCUUCAAAGCAUUGCAAAAGUCCAUUUUAUUGUUUCUGACAUUUCGGCUCACACGGCAAGGGUCUUCUUGAAUAUUUAUUUUCUUUAUUUUCAAGUUUUUAUUUAGAUUUUAUUUUCUGAGCCUAAUUUACUGACUUACAUUCCAAUUGCCCCAGCAAUUGAGACCAUCGGACCCCAAAAAUAUACCCAUUCUAAUACCUUGAUUGACAGAUCACACGCCACGCGUGUCAGUAGUGUCGCAUGUGAACCAUUAAUCAAUGGCGCCCGAGACCUGGCGAAUAUUUCCAACACCACACCAAAAUGGAAAUCAAAUGACCGCAAUCUUAUCGGCGUAGUUGGCCGGCAUAGCGUUGCCAAAUGGUCGACGAAUCUUCAGCCAUAAGUUUCCUGUUUUCGGUUUGGUUCGAGCGGAAAAAAAUUCAUGGCAGUUGGCUUGCUUGCUUGCUUGCUGGUUGGAAGAAACUGGCAAAUUGCGUACGGUUGUGUAAUUUAUGGAAAGGAAAACUUUUGGACAAGUUCGCCGCCACCUUCUCGGUGUAGGGUACAGUGAGGUGGUGGUAGUAUGCGGAAAUGGUGCGGAACUUUGUCCGUCGGAAGGAAGUGUGAGCGAGCAGCCAGCAGCGUGGGUAAAAAUCCCUGAAGGAAAAUAACCAUGACUUAUGAAUAUUCAUUUAUUUAUUACUCACUUCCAGGGGG